AUGUCUGCAGAGUUCCAGCACGGGUGGUACAUUGGCAACAUCGGGAUCAGUAUCCUCUACGGGAUCGAGCUCGUCAUCUAUGGCGCGUCCAUGAAGGUGCUCUUCCGGCGCAAGCAGCAACAGAACAAGACGGACACGUUCUUCAUGGUCUUCAGCACGGUCCUCCUACUGUGCUGCACCAUCAACCUCGCGGCGAACUGUGUGUUCGGCGAGGAGUGGUGGAUCGUCAACCAGAACUACCCGGGUGGAUCCGAGCAGUGGUUCGCCGAGAACGCGGCGGUCUGGUACCAGACCUGGGCUUCUGCAGCGAAUAUACUCGUCCAACUCCUCGCAGACGCUCUCUUGAUUUAUCGUUGUUUCGUCCUAUGGAGUAACUUCUACAUCAUUGCUCUCCCCUGCCUCGUCUGGCUCGCCUCGCUCGGCCUCGGGAUCUCCACGCUCUACUACUCCGGUAGCCCGGGCGGGAACGACUACGCGGGGCUCGCGCAGACGACGAGCACGGCGUACCUCUCGUGCACGAUGGCGAUCAACAUCUCGAUGUCCGCGCUCAUCUGCGGGCGGAUCCUCUGGUUCGCGCGCACGACGGAGCGCGUGCUCAUGAACGGCAGCACGCGCCAGUACUUCGGCAUCGUCACGAUCAUCGUCGAGUCCGCGCUGCUCUACACCGUCUUCGGCAUCAUGUACCUCGUCACGUUCGCCGUCGGGAGCGACCUCGGCGCGCUCUUCAUGAGCUUCUACGCGAUGUUCACGGUCAUCUCGCCACAGCUCAUCAUCCUCCGCGUCGUCAAGGGCUCGGCGUGGGGCCGCACGACGCACAAUAACAUGACGACGAUCUCGUUCGCGGACCGCUCCAUCAGCGGCAACGCGACCAAUGGCAGCCGGACGAUGAACAACAGCGACCACAUCUCCAUGUCUAAGACUUCGCUCCGCGACAACUCCAUGCGCGAGUCAAAACUCGAUUCACCGUCGGUGUACGAGGCGGUGUGA